CGCUCAGAUUCUGGAAAAUCUGCAGAGCCACAAGCUCCUUUCAUCUGGAACUGCAUGCUUGUAGGAGAAGAAAACAAGCCAGUGAGGCUUUCAUACAAGACCCAGUGUGGCAGAGGAGAUAUCCCUGAUUUCUAUAUGGGGAGCUAUGACACAAGGAGGCACCAAUAUUGCAUCUGAAGUAGAGAACUGAACCAAGGUCUCGCUGCUCCUAUGCCACGUACUGCUCCCUGGAGAACUUUCUGCUGGUUGCUUAGCUAAUGGAAAGGCAUCAUGUUGAAGUAUCAUGGGAGAAAUAGGCCCUUGAGAGGAAUUUGAAAGAGGAUAAGGCAAGAACUUCUAAAGUGGAAUGGAUGGGGAUACAAUGACUCCAAAUUCAUCUUCAAUAAGAAGGGUCAAGCAGAAUUCACAGGAAGAAGGUACAGGUUAGGUGGUAUGGUAUUGCCAACUUUUAAGGAAUGGAUAGAAAAAACCUUUGGAGCAAGUCUGGAGCACAAAUCUACCUCUAGAGCAUCCUUAAAUGUUAAUGAUGUACCUCCAUCUGUUGUAAAUGAAGAAUUCCUUCAGGAUCUUAGAGCCACUAAAAUCUCAUAUUCACAAGAUGCAGAAGAUAGGGUAUUCAGAGCUCAUGGUCACUGCCUACAUGAGAUAUUUGCACUCAGGGAAGGAAUUUUUAGGCGAAUUCCUGAUAUAGUUGUCUGGCCUGUCUGCCAUGAAGAUGUAGUUAAAAUUGUGGAGUUAGCCUGUAAGCACAGUGUCUGUAUAAUACCAUUUGGUGGAGGGACGAGUGUCUCUAGUGCUCUUGAAUGUCCUGAGGAAGAGAAAAGAACAAUUGUCUCCUUGGACACUUCACAAAUGAAUCGGAUUCUCUGGAUAGAUGAGAAGAACUUAACAGCUUGCGUAGAAGCUGGCAUUGUUGGACAAGAUUUGGAAAAACGGCUUGCUGAAAGCGGCUUCUGUACAGGCCAUGAGCCAGAUUCCAUGGAAUUCAGUUCCCUAGGAGGAUGGGUAGCAACACGAGCAUCAGGCAUGAAAAAAAACAUCUAUGGAAACAUUGAAGACCUGGUGAUUCAUAUAAGAAUGGUAACUCCUAGAGGAAUAGUAGAAAAAAACUGUCAAGUACCUCGCAUGUCAACAGGACCUGACAUCCAUCACUUCAUUAUGGGAUCUGAAGGAACUCUUGGAGUGGUUACUGAAGUUACAAUAAAGAUUCGCCCAGUCCCUGAGUACCAGAAGUAUGGCUCUGUGGUCUUCCCCAACUUUGAAAGAGGGGUGGCCUGCUUAAGAGAAGUGGCAAAGCAGAGAUGUGCUCCUGCAUCAAUUCGCCUUGUGGACAAUGCACAGUUCCAGUUUGGUCAUGCUCUUAAACCACAAGUUGCUUCCAUUUUUACAUCAUUUUUGGAUGGACUGAAAAAAUUCUACAUCACAAAGUUUAAAGGAUUUGAUCCCAACAUACUGUGUGUAGCUACUUUACUCUUUGAGGGUGACAGAGAGAAGGUUCUUCAGCAUGAAAAGCAAGUUUAUGAUAUUGCCACCAAGUUUGGUGGCUUGGCAGCUGGAGAAGAUAAUGGACAGAGAGGAUAUAUGCUGACAUUUGUCAUUGCUUACCUUCGGGACUUGGGCUUGGAUUACUAUGUAAUAGGAGAAUCAUUUGAGACAUCUGUUCCUUGGGAUAGGGUUUUAGACCUCUGUAGGAAUGUAAAGGAAAGGAUAGUAAGAGAAUGCAAAGAAAAGGGUGUUCAGUUUGCACCUUUUUCCACCUGCAGGGUGACACAGACUUACGACGCAGGUGCAUGUGUCUACUUCUACUUUGCCUUUAACUACAGAGGAAUCAGUGAUCCUGUUCAUGUCUAUGAACAAAUUGAGACGGCGGCUAGAGAAGAAAUACUUGCCAAUGGAGGAAGUCUGUCACAUCACCAUGGAGUAGGCAAAUUGCGGAAGCGCUGGAUGAAGGAGAGCAUCUCUGAUGUUGGCUUGGGAAUGCUGAGAUCUGUUAAAGAAUAUGUGGACCCCAAUAACAUCUUUGGAAACAAAAACCUUUUAUAAAGCCCUGUACAAUAUGAUGUACUAAAACUUCACAGUUGCUGUUGAAAUUCCUUCAUUUUCAUUGUACUGAUAUCCCAGUAAUCAAAUAUAACUUAGACUAAACUUAAGACUACUAUAUUACUUUGUCUUUUUCCUUCCAAUAAAGUGGAAUGAAUUCCUUCAUUCAUUGUUAAUGUUUAUGGAUUUUUACUUACAAUGCUUUUAAACUCUUGAACAACCCACUGGGCGCAUCAAAGUAUAUUACCAACCAGGAAAUGCAAAUUUGGUUUUCCAAGUUUGGUUAGGCAACACAGCUGAAAGUAUUUUCCAUGCUGGAUACAGCCAGCUGUUUCUUACUAAAGCAUCCCCUGCAAGGAGAACAAAGACUGAAAACAGUGGUGUCUACAGAAGCAGCUGCUCAACCCAGCCCCUUGCUAAAGGAAGGCUGCUUGGAGACAGAUGAGAUUACACCAAGGAGUACUUCUCUGUGCUGAAGAAUUAAGUAUGUAAUAGACUUGUAACCAGCAACCCUUUAAAGCACAAGUGUAGGCUUUGAUCAAAAGAGACAAGGCAAGUCAAACUGCUUCUAAAAACUCAGCAGUCUCCCACGUUUGCUCUACUGAAAAUCUUAAAUUGGUGUGUUCUGAGUUGUAUUUGCAUUGCUGGGAUAAUCUGCUUAAAUUAAUCCUAGGUCAGUCACUAUAUGUUUUGUACAAUGGACAUUUCUCACUGUAUGUUUAAAACAGGUUUGUAACAUAAAAUUUUGCCUUCAUCUGUACUACAGUCCUCGUGUAUAUGGUUUUGCUCCCGUUUUGUUUUGCAGAGGUGCACAAUAUCUUUUUCCAGUAAAAAAUGUUUUAGCUAUUCAAAUGAAACUGUUUGCCUAGCACUGUCUUUUGAAACAGUCUCAACAGUUUUACUAAGCUGAAGUAGACAACAUACUGUCAUCCUAAAAGUGAGGUUUCCCAUUUUAAUUUUGUACUGUUUCCUAUGACCUUUAUGAAUUGUUUGUUUACUUCACUGGUAGCCACAAAUGUAAUUGUCCAUUUAACUGUAGGAAAAAAUUUCUUGAUCAGUACAGUACGAGUAAGCAUUUUUACAUUGAAACUUGAAUCUUAAUCAGUGAAACAAACUAGAAGCAUUUGUCAAUACUCAUGAUCCAUUUUUAAGGUGGGUUCUUUUCUUAAAGCAAGUUAUCCAACUUUUUGAUAAAGUAUAUGAUCACAUAAGAUAGAAACAAAAUACAGACAAUUCUUUGAGGACGCUCUCUCCAGCCAACUGCUUCACUGCUCUGAGUGACAGUGUGGACACCUUUUGUAUUGGUAGUGCCCUUAACAAGGAGAAGAAGAUAAAAUUGCAAUUUUGUUUUUAAACUGCUUUAGGAUACUGUCUAAUUGGUUCUCAAUUUUGGUAAUAUACCAUAAAAGGUUAAUACACAUGCUUGAAAAAUACUGCAUAUCAAACAACUUAAACUGUUUAAAUUUCAAGUAUGUAAACAAAAAUCAUGAACAGUCAAAACAUUACUUUAAAAUGCACAUGGUUAACAUACCAAAUCAAAGCUGUUUAUGAUCCACAAGUCAAAUAGGAUGUUAAUGUGGUAUUUGUCAUGCAGUUAGAUUUAUUUCUAAUGGCCUUUGUUUCAUAACAUUUCAAUAUAAAAAAAUUAGUCUUCUGCAUUUCUUCUUAAUAGUUUGACCCACAGAGGUCAUAUUUCAGCAGUACCCAAAACAAUAGAUAUCUAGCCUGUUUUAGGAAACUGAUAUCUGGCACUGUGGUUAAGUGUUCCUUAUUUCAUAUGUGCCCAAUGGCUGUCUCAGCAAAGUGAAUUUGUACAUGUUUCUGCAGGGGACUUCCUCAUUUUGCACAGUGCACAACAAUGAUUACUUGGCCACAGCUGGAAUCUUGCUGAUGACCAGUGUCACUGUGAAAUAGACCUUUCUGAAGCUGGUAAAUAUGAAGGGUGUGUGGUUUUUUUGUUUUUUUUUUUUUUUCUUCUGUGCCUCAGUGAAAGCAUGGUAUGCAAACACGAAACAAACCUUUUUGAAGGAAAGUGUGUGGAUAACCAGAAACCAUUCUGCGGAACUAAAACAAGUCAUUAUAGCUCAUAACACACUUUUCUCUUAAGAGGCUGACUUAUUUGACUUAAAAGUACUACAUAAAGUACAGUUUCCUCCCUAACUCUUAGCUGGCUAACUGUGGUUUCCCAACUUUUUAUUCAAGUUACACAGCCAAAACUCCUUAUGCCCUUUAUUUUCAAUCUUUGAAUAGCCAGUGGCUUCUGAAAUGAUUUAAAAUGCAGUAAAAAUUUUCACUGCACAUCACUUGUCCUAUAGGAAGGUGAAAUAACAGGUUAUGAGAGUUCUACAGUUCCAACGUGGGAUAGCCCUGGGGAAAGGAUUUCAACUGCAAAGGCCAUAGAAUUCUUCUUUUUCUAAUGGCCACCCUGCAGCUGUCUUCCUAAAUAUUUUUCUAUCUUAUGAACUGUUCAGAGCUUAGUGAAAUUCCACAGUCAAAAUGCAUAUUUUAUUGGCUGUCCUUAAUUCUUUUACUUUUAAAAUUCCAAAUGAAAAUAUGCAAACAAAUAAUGCAAAUACAGGAGACCUAGAUAUAUACAAAUCGUUACCCCUUUAGAAGAAAUCUUCCCUCUUCUAAUAGUAAAUGAAGUCUUCCACCCCUUUUUUCCUUUCUCUGUUUUCCUUACAUAGGCUACGCUUCCCAUAGCUGCAGCCUGUUCAGUGAUGGAUUUUGUUCCAUGCAGAUCAGCAGUGCAUCUUGACAAAGCAUAUUACUCUUUCAUUGUGUGGACUACUUUGGCCAUGCCUAAGAUACAAGUUUUAGUUAAACUUGUCACGACUUGUAAUUACACACCUAUUGCUGUUCCUCUCUGAACGGAAGAAAGGUGCAGAAUGAGUAUGCUUAACUGCUAAGUCUAUUUUCAUUAGAGAGGGACAGUUUUGUAAAAGUUUUGAGGGGAAUGUCAUCAAAGAACAUAUGUUAGAAAUGAACACAGGGUCUAGAUCUUAAAGAAAAGCAUGUCUCUUUGACUUUAAUACUGUGGGUGUUACUCCUUACAGUACAUUGGUUGCAUUAAAGAUGUCAUCUUUGCCUUACAGCUGGGAACAGAGGCCAGGCCAAAUAGUUCUUCCAUAGCACUGUAAAUUAAUUGAAACCAACUUCAGAUGCAGGGAUGCAUUAGCCUUGAAAUCCAGAAAACACAAACUGUUUCUUGGUCUUGGAAAAUGUAUGCUUAUCAAGGUUGUAAUUCAACUUUCUGCUAGUAAAGCCAAACAGUGUUUGUCAUUCUAGUGUGAGACUAACUGUAAAACUGCAGUUGUAAUGUUAAGAGAUUAUUGAACCUUAUGUCAUUAAUAAUAAUAAAAAAAGGGCCUAAACCAU